AUGGCUGCAACUCAAGCAAAGAACGCUAAAAGGGCUGCCUUGAAGGGCACAAGCUCAAAGAAGGCUUUGAAGGUGAGACACAGCACCACCUUCAGACGUCCAAACACUUUGAAGUUGGCCAGAUCUCCAAAAUACACGAAGUCUGUUCCUCAUUACCCAAGAAUGGAUGUCCAUACCGUUCUCGUGCAGCCAAUCACCUCCGAGACUGCCAUGAAGAAGGUUGAAGACAGCAACACUCUUGUUUUCCAGGUUUCAUUGAAGGCUAACAAAUAUCAGAUCAAGAAGGCUUUGAAGGAUCUUUACGAGGUUGAGGCCGACAAGGUUCACACCUUGGUUAGACCAAACGGUACUAAGAAGGCAUACAUCAAGUUGACCUCAGAUUAUGAUGCUUUGGACAUUGCUAACAAGAUUGGUUACAUUUGA